AUGUAAUCCGGUCGGGGCGUCUGGAGUUGGAGAAGUAACCGAUUUAAAAACUUUGUGUCUUCAAGUGUUCUUGCCGCAAAUAUCGCUUCAUUGCUGACUUCCUAAAAGGGAGGAUAUGGCUUUUUAAAAGCGUGGCUUCGUCUCCGUCGUCCUUUUAAAGCUUCGUGUGCUUUGCUUUCGCAACGCACUUGACACCACUCAGAACUAUGGGAUCUUCAAGUAUUUAUGUGACCCUUUCGUCCAUCAAUUGCACUAUUUGUGCCAUUUCACAAUUUAAUCGCAGCAGACGAUACAAUGGCGGCAUCGAUCCUUCGCAGGAAAAUUCACCUCAUUUCCACAGGCGGGCUCCACGUUCUCCCUCUCCGACAGGCUAGCCCCAGCCAAUCGCGGCCCACGGUGGGGGCGGAGCUUGAGGAAAAGCAGCGCUUUAUUGGUGAUGGUCACUCAGAUUGGAUGACGGAAAAAGUUGAUUUGUCUUCAUUCGUGUCAACUACCGAGUCGUCUCCCAGCUCAUCCCUUCCACCCUCACCGUUAGAACAAGAUGUCAAGGUGCCCUCAGACCUGGAGGUCAUGACCUCUUUAUUGCAGGAGGAGCUAGCUCAGCUGGAGGACUACUUCCGCUCCGAGUCCACAGCCACGGCAAGCAAGUCGGAGAAAUCCUCGAAAUGUGACAAAGGUGCCCAAGCUAUGGGCUCGCAGUCUUAUUACCAGUUACCCUAUGGCUCGUAUGGGACCAACCAAUCAGACACCAGCCCUGUGGUUGUUACCUUGGCAACAGGGGAACUGGACCUGGCCAGCUUCUGUGGCAGUCCCAUGGCUAGAUCCAAAAUCGCACGGCCUGCGCCAUACAACUACCACCACCGUUAUCACCACAACAGUGGGCGAAGAAUCAUCAGUGAGGCAGUGAAAGUCGGGGAGGACGUCGGAUUCGAUACAUGGGGCUCCAGGGGAAGUUACUCCGGGAGCACAGAGUUUUCUGUGAAUCACUACUCCACGUUGAAGACGGUGAGCAAGAACAGCCUCGGAGGCAUCAAGAAGGUGAGAGAAUGUGCUUUAUCGUUGAAGGAAGAGGAGAGCUAUUGUUUUUCCGAAGGGAUGUUUUGUAGCGAAGAGAUUGCGCGAAGUUUUUGCCUUGGUGGCUCCUACGACGGCCACCACAAGCGAGAGGGACAACUGAUGCACAAUGUGAAGGUUAAUGUAAGUUACGACAGCUCCGGGCUCGAGGUCCUGCAUUGCAGCAAAGAUGGAGGACUGUCUGGAAGUAUUCCCCAAGAGACAAUGAUGGCUGCAGACGGCUACUUCCACCAAUCUAUGGCCAGCACGGAACCAUACCAUAGCUUUAUCGGUGAACUGGACCAGCCGUCGCAAGCCGUAGAGCCCCAACACGGCCACUACCUCUAUCCAGAAUGCCUUGCGGACCAAAGUUACGAAUGUCUGUCCAGAGGUGAGAGUGAGGGGACGCUGCUGGGCGCCCCCAUCCACCGCCCGACUCAGAGGCUAAAGGAUGAGCCGUGUUCCAUUAAAUCGACGCUUGUAGUUGGGACCGCUUCUUUGGAUUUGAACACUGGGGAGAGAAAGCAGAAGAAGAGAGACCAGAAUAAAACUGCUGCUCACAGGUACAGGCUGCGGAAAAGGGCAGAGUUGGACUCUCUGGAAGAGGAGCUUCAUGGACUGGAAGGGCAGAACAGGGAACUUCGUGACAAGGCGGAAUCGGUGGAAAGAGAGAUUCAGUAUGUGAAAGAUUUACUUAUCGAGGUCUACAAGGCCCGCAGUCAGCGACUCAAACAAGAUGGCAGUGCCUAAAAAGCGCCCACGCUGAACUCCCCCCAUCCCCCAACGAAUCGAGAGCACAGACAGGUUUCAAAUCUUGUUAAAAUGAUUGUUAGUUGCAUGGUUUUGCUAGUCAUUUUAUAUAAAAAUAUAUUUACUAAUCUUUCAAGAGGAGAGUGGGAAAAUCAAUUUCAUCAAGAAAAACAGAGGUUUCCCUAAAAAGGGUGAGGAACUCUACAAAGCCUUAGUGAUAUGGCUUCCAGAGAAGAUGCUGAACUUGUCCGUGACCACUGUGAUCCCAACUGAACUCACAAUCCUUUGUGAAUGCUUUGAGUUUUUGUGUUUGCGGCUGGAAAAGAAAGGUCCUUGAAUUAGUGAUAGUGAUUGAAUUACGUGUGGUUUUUGUGACACCCACACAGUGGUGGCAUCAAGGUAGACCCACACAAAAUUAUAUAUAAUUAUAUAUAUAUAUAUAUACACAUAUAUAUUUAUUUUGUAUUUUAUUUUUACUUAAUAAUGUUCAUUUACCAUUUGCGUUAAGAUGAAUAAAGGGAUUGCUGAAAAGGUGUGUAAACAUGCGCUACAAUUAUUCAUAAUCAGAAUCAUGAAGAGGAUUUGUAUUUCUCAAUUGUGUAUUUAUGACUGAAAUAACCCAUGCAUGUUUGAUUUUCAGAAAAGCAUGUGUGAGUGUUAUAUGAAGGCAUUAUUCUGUUUACUGCAUGACUUCCAGCGCUCCACCUCAUCUGGUCAAGGUUUUUUUCUCUUUGUCAUACCUAGGUUUUGAUUUUGGAUUGAGAGUGAGAUGCUGAAUAAUUCAUUGUCCCAACAAAAUUCCUCAAUGUAUUCCUCUGUUUUAGGUUUUUUGGCUGUAUUUUGCGAAAAAACAAUCACACAACAAUAAAUGUUGACUCUAUGGAAUUGUUAUUCACUGACCAAUUUGAUAUUUUGGAGAAUUCAGGGCCUUUUAUUGAUCAAUGCCAAUGUCAGGAAAUUAUGCAUCAGGUGAAUUGCAGCCGAAUAAAGCAGUCAUGUUCAUUCA